AUGUCUGAUUGUCCUUCUCCAAGUUCAAGUUAUCUAGUGACUGUGGGUAGCGUUGGGGGUAGCAGCAGUGUGGGUAGCAGUGGCAUUGGCAGUCCUGUGAGUGUGUCGGCCAUGCCCCUUUCCUUGGAUGAUACAGUUGAUACUACAUGUAGUACAUGUAGUACUGUAUCUCCUCCUUGGAAGCGUCAAAAGAAGCAAGACAGCAGUAGUGAUAGUAUUGUUGCUGUCAGUCCCAAGCGGUUGUCGUUUGGUCCACCACUACUACAACGUCAACAUCAACAUCAAGACAGCCUAUUACUGCAGUACCUUGUGGAUCCUGCCUUGACGGCGCACAUUUUUUCGUUUGUGGGUCCUGUGGGCACGGCCAAGUGUGCGGCGACGUGUCGAUCUUGGAGGAUCAUUGUCUCAUCCACGCAGUCGCUCUGGAAACAAUUUGUCAAGGAUGACUUUGGACUCUCCUUAUCAUCAUCCAACAACAACCAUACUACCAAGGUGAUGAUCCAUCCAUGGGAACACGUGUAUCGACACAUUCGUCUUCAACAACAACACCCCAAUCAUCGGUUAAAUGGACGUGUCCUGUUUGCCGAUGACGGAGGCAAUUUUCCCGGCUAUCCACCCAACCAUGCACUCCUGCCAGAAACAAAUCGCGUCUGGUGUACACGGCCCGGAGUCGAUGCCAAUGUCGAUUUGGUCAUUCAAUUGGCUUCCACUUGUCUCGUUACAGGAUUUGUCUGUGCCAAUGGCGGACGCGGCUAUUCGGCACCCCUCCAAGAAGCACUCGUCUUUUUGAGUUUGGAACAGCCACCCAAUCUACAAGCCGCACGGUUUUAUAAUACCGGUACAACACAACAAAAUGUGGGACCCCAAUGGGUACGGUAUCUAUUCCAAAAGGAGGAGGAACCAGCCAACAACACCACCAACAAUACUCCUCCUCCUCCUCCUUUGGAAGACAAUAACAAUAAUGACAACAACAACGACAACCACCAUCCGGAACCAACGUCACCCGCCAGUACUGCUACCACCAAUAAACCCCCUUCCAAUAACGAUAACAAUAAUGAUCCCGUGGCAUCCUUUUGGUUCCCACACCUGCAACAAGCCUACUAUGGACGAUCCCAACAAACACUGGCCAAACCCAUAGUGGCACGAUACAUUCAUCUCAAAUUGCUCAGUAGUCAUUCGCCGCCCGGCCUCGAGGAUAUCAGUGACAAUAUUGAUCUCAUGCACUUUCAUACCUUGGGAGUUCCAUUGCCUCUACUCGACACUACACUAUUGCCAAACGUAUUACAAUCUGAAGCACCACCAAACUAUGUGAGAACCCACGAACGACGACACGAUACCAACACACUGGUACCUCACGAUCCACGACCACAACAACAACAACAACAACAACAACAAUUCGUGUGGGACAAUUAA